UGUUAAGGAGCUGCGUGUGUUUAUUUUAUUUUUUAAACCGAGUUGGGGCGGACCUGGUUCCGGGGGAGGGGCCACUGCCCGGACGCUGCCAGUCACUGGACCAGUCGGUGGUUCUGCAGCUGGACCCGGAGAACCGGAGAACCCGGAGAACCCGAGCGGUGGCUCAUGGAAACAGGCCUCCGGGAAAAUGUGCGCCAACGUGUUCGGGGUGCUGAAGAGCCUGUUUGGAAAGCCCUUUGAUGGAGGGAAGAGGAUGGACCAUGGCGGUCCGCAGGAGCAGCAGCAACAUCCGAUGCAGCAGCAGCAGCCGUAUCAUCCGCAGCACCCUGCGAUGAUGCGGCUGUACGAGGUCCAGAAGGAGGUCUCGUCUCUCGGCCCGCAGGUCUGCACCUUCAGCGGCCUGCAGAACGACCGGGAGUACAAGCGCCUGGAGCGGGAGCUGACCCGGCUGCUGCUGGAGGUGGACCAGGUGGACACGGAGGGCAAGCUGGAGCUGCAGGGGGCUCGCAAGAGAGCCGCGCAGGAGGUGGAGGGUCUGCUGCGCUACCUGGAGGAGAACGCCACGCACCCGUCCCGCCUGGCCAUGGAGGAGCUGAGCCACGAGGCGCGGCAGCUGGUGGACCAGCGCGUGGUGGCUCCCCAGCGCGCAGGCGGGGUGGCGGAGAUCAGCGACGAGCUGGUGGACGCUCUGCAGGCGCUGGUGCUGAGGCUCACCCAGAUCAAGACCGAGGGGAGGGUCCCCCUCCGCAAAGCACGCUACCGCGCGCUAACGCGCCUAUGCGCCGUCCAGGAUGUGUUCGAGGCGUCCACGCAGCACCAGCCCCUGUCCCUCCCGCUGUCGGGGGAGACCCACGAGGCCGUGCACGCCAUCAACCAGGUGAUGGUGAAGGUGAGCGUGGCUCGCGGCCAGCUGGUGGCUCUGCUGAUGGGGCUGAGCGGCAGGGACAGCUGCGCCCACCUCUCACGGAUCCUCACGGAGCUGCAGGUGGAGCUGGACGCUCUGGACGUCUCCGGGAACACGGCCAUCAGAAAUUACAGAAAACAAGUUGUGGAGGAAAUAAAUGGACUCCUGAGACAUCUGGAACUGGAGGGAGAAGGAGACGACACGCGAAGGUACGAUCUGGCGCACAACAACUCCAUCCGUGAGAUCGAGGCCGUGCGAGCUCACGUCUCCCAGCUCCGCAUGGGCAUCCUGCGGCACUGCGCCAUGGGCGACCUGGGGUUCCGGCCCAAAGCCGAGCUGCAGAGCGUCCUCACGCAGCUGGACCAGGUGGACACGGCCAAGAACCCGUGCAUCCGGGAGGCCCGGCGCCGCACCGUGGUGGAGGUCCAGGCCGUCAUCACCUUCCUGGACCUGCGCGAGGCCCUGGCCCGCCGUCAGCUGGGCCCCAACGAGCACCCGGCGCACCGGGCCGUGUGGAUGGUCCUGGGCAGUCUCUCGGACCUCCAGGCCCAGGUGCUGGGCUUCGACGGCAAGCGGGCCGACAAGAGCUACAUGAUACUGGAGGAGCUGCUGACCAAGCAGCUGCUGGCGCUGGAUGCCGUGGAUUCGCAGGGCGACGAGAUGACCAAGGUGGCCCGCAAGCAGGCGGUGAAGUUCGCCCAGAACAUUCUCAACUACCUGGAUAUGAAAACAGACCAGUGGGAGUACUGAGUUACUGGGAGAUGCCUGUCGGCCGGAACGCCUCCGCAGGAGUUACAGGAGCUGGUCAUGAGUGUACAUUAAAAAAACUGGUAUGCUAUCAUUCCGUGGGCUGUAAAUAUUGACUUAAAGUACCCAGAAGACACUGCAGCAGCGCUUUUCUUGCGUCUUUUUGUGGUAGUAAUUGUGGCCAACACAGAACUCCUUUUCUGAAUCACAUUUUGACUAUCGUGUGUGUGUGUGUGUGCGUGUAUGUGUGUGUGUGAGAGAGUGAGACUUGUCGUCCUCGUGUUUGCAGAAGCCUGCUGUCAGAGCACUACUGUUCGUCUUCUCCCAUUUGCACUUGAUAUUGAUAAAUUGAUGAGUGUGAUGGAUUGUUGGGCAGUGACCUCCCAGACAAGUCUGUUGCUAACGGAGACGACCGAUGUCAACUCCGCUGAGUCACUCUCUUCUGCCACGAGAACAGGGUUCUGGGCAGGUCGUUAAACCAGCUCACUUUUGAAGGAGACAUUAAAAAAAAAAAAAAAGGUCAGAUUUGGAGCAUGUUUCUCUGGUUUCAAUGCAGUUUGUGCAGCAGAUCUGAGUUUGAGUUACUUCCCUCCGGAGAAGGAGGUGUCACCAACAUAAAUGUUUACUCAGCAUCCGUUUGUCUGCUGUGAAACGUGCUCUUUUUAGAGUGGAGCAGUUUGUGUUUGAACCAGCAUCGGCCCUCGAGGGCCGUGUCCUGCAUGUUUUAUGGUGCUUUUCCACUAGUACCUACUCUGCCCGACUCAACUCGCCUCCACUCAGUUUGGUGCUUUUCCACCAGGGGUCUAACAUGCCGAGUAGAUACUUUUCUGUAUCUAUUCUGCCGAGGUUCUAAGCGGCUGAGUCGGCUGUAUCUGACAUCAUCACACUACAGGCCACCGAUUGGUCGGGGGGUUGGAGUCAGACGUCUGAGUCAGGAGGAGGAAAUCAGAGAAAGAGACUCUGACGGAUUCUUGUUCAUUUUUUUCGAAGGACAAUGGCAGCACAGAAAUCUGUUCCGUGGUCAAAUUCCGAGGUGGAGAUCUUCUUAAACGUGGUGGCUGAGGAGAAUAUCCAGAGAGAGCUGGAUGGGGCCACGAGGAAUGAAAAAAAUAUACCAGGAGCUUUCUCAGUCCACGUCUGCUCAAGGCUGCAAACAACACAGCAGCUUCGCUCCAACCCGCCUACUUCUGAUCUGGGUAUUGAAAAGAAACGAGGGCAAGGCGAGUCGGGCUGAGUAGGUACUAGUGGAAAAGCGCCAUUAGUCACCUGAUCAUCAGCGUGUCAGCAAGGUGAUGACGACUCAUCUGGUCAGGGUGUGUUGCAGCAGGAAACCUCCUGCAGGACACCGGCCCUCGGGGGCUGACUGUUACGCCCCUGGCUUAACGCAUCAAUCUAAAGGUGCCCCCGUUUACCCUGACAGUGUUUGCUCUGGAUCUCUGUUAGCAUGGAAACCCCCCAACAUUAGAAGAACUACAGGAAAUGAAUGGACAGAAUAGGAGGAUGACAGCCCCGUUGGCUCUUGCUGCUUGCAUAUCUGUUUGUCUGUUUUUACGGCGUCCGUCCUGGCUGUGUAUAAUCCCAGCAGGAGAAGAAGAUAGCCGUUGUUUCUUUUUCUUUUUUCCUGCCCGCUGCUUUCUACUGGCCGAGGAGUGUGACUGGGGAAGAGGAAGGGAGGCUGUAGCGACCACAUCCCCUGGACUGACAUAUCAAGGGUGAAGGAGCGACAGGCGAGUCCUGCGUGGCGAAGCGCUAAUGGAGAUCACGGUUGACGGAGCCUUCGAGACGUUUCUGAGCUGUUGCUGGGGAAAGUUGACGGGAACGAAAUGACUUUUUGAGGAAAAUCUGAAUCUCUGUGCCUUUAUUUUCACCCUUUGAAUCAGUUUGUGAGGAGUGCAGUGAGACUGGAGAGCGAGCUUCCUUUUAAUCAAGCAUCAAUGCACAAGAACGAGGAGACUAGAGCACUGAAUGUGUUUUUGGAGAGGACGUUUGCCCCGGUCAGAAAAACCAGUGCUUGUGACUGGGACCCAACGGCUCGUACUCCCACACCGGAGCGGCCGUGUCCACAGAGCAGCAGUCCUGGUGGCGUUUAGCAGAAAAUACUGAACCCUCCCAGUGAAACGACCUCGGCAAAGAGACGAGCGUCCUGUGACGGAGGAAAGGGCAGCUGAGGAAACCGUCCUAAAACCAUCUAAACAUCUCACUUAGAGCAUUUCAAAAAUAUUUGAGAGGGGAAGAUUUUUUUUUAUUAUGCACUUCGAGAAAAAAGUCCAAAUGUCGAGAUUAAUGUUAAAAUUCAAUUUUGAGAAAAAAGUCGAAAUUUCCUUUGUUCUCAACAUUUCAACUUUAUUC